UUGAAAACACCUUCGGAAUUAUGACAGCACGAUGGAGGAUUUUGCUAUCCCCAUUGCAAAUGCAACCACCAAGCGCGGAGAGCAUCGUGAAAGCAACAGUGCUGCUACAUAAUUUUUUAAAGCUAAACGAUGGCAGUUAUUGCCCACCUGAAUAUGUUGAUCGAUAUGAAGGAGACAAUGUAUUAAAUGGAUUAUGGCGCCAAGAAAUCUCAACAACCCUACGAGGAACUGGUCGAUUAAUGUCAAACAACGCUACAAGAAGUGCUUUCAUGUUGAGAGAUCAAUUGAAAGAUUAUGUAGCCGCGCAUCCUAUUAAUUAAAUACACAGCUAUUCAAUGAAGUCACUCACAUAACAUGUAGUUGCAUACAAUAGAAGUAUUAGUCAUUGCGAAUAUCAUGAGCUUCCUGGACAAUCAAAAUAUGCUAUCCUUAGAAACUGCGGAUAGGUUGGCACGUAUUUCACAUGAAACUGGCGAUGGCAAGGCAUUGGUGCAUCAACUUCAAGUUAAUUAUAUUCACCAGCUCAUACAGGCACGCUUAGUCGAAAAUCCAAAGGCACUAAGCGAGGUAUAUAACUGUUUGCAUCACUUUUGUCAGUCUCUGCAGCUUAAAGUACUUUACACACAAACGCUACGUCUCAGCUAUGAACGUUUGGAUGAGAAUAUUAACAUUGAAGAAUAUGUACCAGGUGUGAAAACAAUUACGCAAACCGCACUUGCUUCAACGCCGAUAAAAGCUAAUUACAGAAAAUUAUGAUUUAAUUAUGAAACCUAUAAUUCGCUGAGUUCGAUUGCCAAGGUGCCUAUAAUACCCUCGCAAUCUAAUCGAAAGUGAGUACUUUACCACAUACAUAGAAGAAACAUAUAGUCAGCGUCAAAAAUAUGAAUACCCAGACGUUUUGACGAUUUUCUUAUUUUUUGGUAUGUCUAGAAUUUUCCCCGAGUUCUAUAUGAAAUUGAUAAAAUUUAUUCUGCUCGUUUUUGCUGUUUGGUAUGGAAUAUAUAUAUAAAGAAACGUGAGGGUAU